AUGUCAAAGAAAGAACUUCUCUCGAACUCUACAACGAGCUCGGGAACGAACACUGAUGCCGAUGACGGACCUCGAGCACGAACGUGGAGCUCGUCUACGCAACAGACGAACACGCUCACCGGAGACGACGCUCCGACAUUCAAAGUCCCGGCGCCGACGACUCUCGAGGAACAUCGACGUUCCUCCUAUGUCGGAAGGGAUUCGGCACCCCCGACAGCUACCGCUGCCAAUUUGAGCAGACGAGAAGCCGAGCAAAAGAUCGCAACUAUUCGACAGCAUUACUAUCCGGAAGGUGAAUGGGGCUGGGUCGUUAUGGUGUGCUGCUUCACCGUGAAUGCGAUCACUUACGGGCUCCAGCUGAAUUAUGCCUCCGCCAUGCACAAAUACAUCGUUCAACGCCACGGACGGGAUAAAUAUUUUCUCGCAUUCUAUCCCGGGGCGAUUUCACUGGCAUUGUCGACAUUCAUGAGUCCGAUCAUCGUGGCGACUUGUCGUAAAAAGUCGCCGCGAGUGACCGCGAUCAUGGGCGGACUUAUCUCGACGCUGGGCUGCCUCUUCACAUCGUUCACGACUCAAUUUCACCAAAUCUUCGUGUCGUGGUGUUUCGUUGUGGGCAUCGGACUUGGGAUCGUCCGCGAAGCCGCUAAUAUAAUGGUCGGAUCGUAUUUCAAACGAAGAAGAGAAUCAGUCGAGCUAGUUUGCCUCAUGGGAACCGGAAUCGGAGUAGCGCUAUUUAAUCAUUUUCUACAUCACGUACUCAGUAAACUCAAUUGGAGGUUCGGACUUCAAGCGACAACAGGACUCCUGUCAUCUCUAUUCAUCAUCGGGAUGCUUUACCGUCCCGCUUCGCUUUAUCAUCCGCAGCGAAGAGCCAUAGUUCACCUCAAGAACCAGCGACGGAAGAUCAAGGAGAAGAAUCCAACAACACAGAAAGCUCCAUUCUUCGAAUUCUCCACCCUUCGAACCAAGACUGUCAAAGUCCUCAUGGCAGUCUGUUUUAUGGCAUCCUUCGCCAUCUACACGCCUUUCCUGUUCAUUGUUCCUCUGGCGGACAAUGAGGACGGCGGAGCUGGAGUUGUAGACUCGUAUUUACUGCAAACCAUUGUGGGAUUAGCGCACGCGUUCGGCAGCUGUUUAUUUGGCAUGCUGGUCGUGGGGAAUAGCGACGAUUGCUAUGUCGGCAGAAGAUACCUAUCACAGGCCGGCCUACUCGGUUUAAGCUUCUCUUGUGUAUCUCCGCUGGCUCUUGGGGGCUUCCGAGGUCUUUCGUUACUCGCAGUCUUAUGCGGAGCCCUGUCAGGAGGUCUAAGCUACUCUCUGAAACUAUUAGUUUUCGAACGUCUACGGGCAAGGCACUUCUCGAGGGCGUGGGGUUUCGUGCAUUGGGCCAUGAGUCUACCUAUCGUGCUCAUCGUGCCGAUAACGCAAUUCAUUUCGGAUUCGUCCGCCGUAGGACCCGCAGGUCCUGGAAUCGCUCUUCCGGGAGCCACGCUGUGGGACUUCCGCGCGGCGUUUUACGUGUCCUCGGGCUGCGCUCUGCUCGCGUGCCUUCUGCUGUUCGCCCUGCCCGUAUCGCAUCGGGCAGCCUGUAGAAUCGUAUAUGCCGAUCCGUUUCAGAGGAACGGUAGCUUGUCGAGCAGUUGGCAUACGUGCAGUCUUUCGGGAAGUAGUAUUCGCAAUAACUCGAGCGCAUCAAGGAGAAAAGCAUCUCAAAACGUCAACGUGGGGAACGCCGGUACAGGAGUCGGAGCAGGAGCUGUACAGAACGCGCUCGGCAGUACAUCAUCUGGAAACGGGAGUGCGAGGUUCAGAGAGAGGCCCCACACCCCGGUCGGGAUAUCGCUGUCAGCGGGACCAGUUGCGUCGGGCUCUGGAAUGAACGGGCCACCUGAAGCGGAAGAAUGCGUUUCGUGUCGCCAGCGUUUGGACCGGCUUCAAAGAACGGUUUCGUGGGCCACUUCAGUUGAUCUGCUCAACGCGCAAAUCAGUGAUUUCGAGGACAAUGACGAUUUCAACGAAAUAGGCAAACGACCAGAGCUCCUCACGUGUAUAUCGGAAGAGGGUCUCGUUGAAAUGGUGGAUCCCACAAUACUUCUCUCGGAUUGCUGUGAAUGCGAACCCUUCGAUGAGGAUUUGAGUCCGUCGCCGGAAUCUCCAGUAAAGGAUAAACGUCCUCAAGGCUCUUUCGGCCAUCUGCAUCAGUGGCAGCCGGCCAUGACGCCAAUCGAAGAAGUCACUUCAACCGUGUAGUCGCUUUCGGGAACAGAAUAAUUUCUAGGAUCGAGCCGAUAGGUUCCGAAUCCGAUUCGAGGGACCUAAUCUAGAGCUCUCCACCCAGUCCAUGUCACCUGCACCGCAUCAACGAGGAGUCUCGUUCCAGCGGGGAGUCUUACCCGUCUCCGAUGGCCAGACUUCUUCCGAUGCUAGUCGAUGGUAGAGCCGGGACCAGGAAAGAUCCGGGUCCCAAGUUGUGGAACGAUAUGCAAAUCAUCUCACUAUUCAUUACGAAGGGGUCGAGUGUCCUCGAAGAAUUAAGGCGAUACCAAGAGAAAACUGCCGAAUCAUAUAUCCAAUUU